GUGAGCGGGCGUGGCGUGAGUGACAGGAGGCUGGCUCCGCCCCCCGGGCCCCAUUAAGCAGCAGCGGCACCGGUUCGGGAAGAAGCGGCCGGGAUGUGAGCUCGGCGCCCGGUCUCCUGGUCACCGCGGCCCCAGCACUGUGAGGAUGAGCUCCGGCCGGCACAGCUCGGAGAGGGAGUCCGACGCCGGUGUCCGCCAUCAUGCGCUGCAGCGAAGUAAGGCCGACAUCCCGCCCAUCGACCUGGAGGUGCUGAAAGAUUUGGAAAUCCUCACGCAAGACGUCGCCCUGAAGGUCGACCAAAUGAUGAAGAGUCUGAACGGCACAAUACAGAACAUGACGGCGCUCAGCGUGGGAUACAUCCAGACGUACAGGGAUUCAGUGGACAGUCUGGGAGAGUCUGUGGAUAUGAGCAUUAAGGGCAUGUACACGUUGAUGGCUCGCUGUGAGGAACUGGACAGGACCAUGCAUCCGAUUCAUGCUCUGGCCAAACAAAUCAGGGAAAUUAAACGCACCCUGGACAUGUUUGAAGCGCUAUGUAAAUAAGUCAUUGAUAAGGCACUCGGAUUAUAUUUUUAAAUAAAUACAUUAAUGCAGCA